UUGUAGCAUAAUACACGUCAGUGCAAGGUGUUUGAACUUGUAUAUUUGUAUAGAUUUGUUUUGUAGUGAUCACUUUUUAGUAGGUAGUAAGAAUGGCUCCUAAAAGAAGUGAAAUAUGGUUUCAUUUUGAAAUUUUGAAGGACAAAUGCAAUGCAAAAUGCUUGUAUUGCAAACAGAUUUUGUCGACAAAAAAUGGUUCAAUGGGUAACCUGAAUCGACAUAUGAAGACUAAACACCCUACAAUUAGUAUUGCCAGGAAAGGGGUUACUAGUAUAGUGUCGUUGGAAGAAAUACAAGAAACAAGUGACAGAGACUUUAAUUUGCCAAGUACGAGUACCGGUGCCGAUGCGAUAUCUGGUGUUACUAGUGAAGAUGAGAACAUUCAACACAAACUAAAAAAACAAAAGACGCAAUCCGUUUUAACCAACUUUACAUACAGUAAAAAACCGCUAUCAAUAGCCAGAUGUAAAGAAAUUGACCUUCAAAUAUUACGAUUUAUAGUUAAAGGUUACCAUUCAUUUAGAAUUGUAGAAGAAGUAGAGUUUAAGAAACUUUUUGAGAUGUUAUCCCCCAAUUAUAACGUACCAUCAAGAAAAACUCUUAGCAACAAUUUAUUGGAACAACUGCACCAAUCGAAUCAAGAAAAAAUCGAAAUCGAAUUAAGUCAAGUUGAGUACAUUUGUAUUACGACAGAUAGCUGGACAUCUAUAAAUAAUGAGAGUUUUGUUGCAAUUACUGCUCAUUACAUUAUAGAAGAGCAGUCUCAAUUAAAAUUAAGGUCCCAUCUGUUGGACUGUUUUGCUUACGAGGAAAGACAUACUGCACAAAACUUAGCCAAACUUUUAGCUGAUAAAUUCAAAGAGUGGAAAAUUGAAUCGAAAAUAGUGUGUGUGGUCACUGAUAAUGCAGCUAAUGUUCUUGCUGCAGUGCGAGAAGGGGGAUGGAACUCACGUGGUUGUUUUGCGCAUUUAAUUAAUCUUUUAGUGCGACAUGGUCUAAAAACCAUAGAUCCGACUUUAGACAAACUGAAAUCAAUUGUGGCGUUUUUUAAAAAAAGUUCCUCAGCACUUACAAAAUUAACAAAAACACAAGUUCAGAUGGGAUUGCCUGAACUUAAAAUUAAGCAGGAUGUACGAACACGUUGGAAUUCAACGCUUGACAUGGUCAAUCGGGCGUGUAAAAUUAAAGAUGCCAUUAUUUCAACAUUGGCGCUAGAAUGUCCCAACUUAAAUAAUGUAACUGGUCAUGAAUGGUCCGUAUUGGAACAAUUAAUAGAGGUCCUGCACAUUUUUAAGGAGAUCACUGAUGAAAUCAGCGCGGAAAAAAAUGUGACUUCCUCAAAGAUACUUAUUUUUGUUCGUGCCAUCUAUGAGCACCUUAAAAGUUUAAAAAAUAAUUUUAAUUUGGAGGAAGAACUAAAGCAAGUUGUGGCAGAUAUGCUGAACCAGUUCUUUGAGCGUUUUGGGGACAUAGAAAAUAAUGCCAUUUUGGCUGAAUCCACUAUUUUAGAUCCUCGAUUCAAAAAGUUCGGAUUUAAAGAGGAGAGCAAAUAUACAACUGCUGUAGGUAAUUUGAGAAGAAAAAUAAGUGCAAUUUACAAUAAAAACAAAACAAUACUGCAAGAAAUAUCAGAGGCUGAUUAUAAUGUACCAUCUUCAUCAGCUAUAAAAAAACCAACCUUAUGGUCUCAUUUUGACCAAGAUGUUGGUAAUUUGUUACAAGAAAAAAAUUCUACAGCUGCAGCUAUAGUUGAAUUGGAUAGAUAUUUGAGUGAGCCACUUAUUAGCAGAAAUGAAGAUCCAUUAGCUUGGUGGAUGACCCGGAAACAUGUGUAUCCAACAUUGUUUAAUUAUGUAAAGAAAAGACUAUGCAUUCAGGCAACAUCGGUUCCAUGUGAACGAAUUUUCUCAAAAGCAGGACUAACACUAACUCAAAAACGUUCAGCUUUGAAAAGUUCAAGAGUUAGUAAAAUAUUGUUUUUAAACUCAAAUUUAUAAAUCAUUACUUUUUUAUGUUUAAUGUUUUUGUUUAAAUAUUUUUUAAGUUUUCAUAAGAAUUAAAAUAUUUUAAUUAGAUAAAUCUAUGGUGCUAUGUAUUAAGAGUAU